CAUGAUCACCGUCGGAUGCUGUACGGUUGGCUCCAGCGUUCGCUUAGUUCGGUUUGGUGUUUGGGCGCGCGCACACACUGCGUACUGGCCGAUGGUGUCGAGCUCGGAAUUUGUGGUGAAGAAAUUAAAAGGAAGCUGCGCAGUAUUCUUCCAGUGCCAAAGGAGACGCGUGCAUGCGACUCCUUGCCUAUACGUACACUUGCAGUGCAGUGCGAUCGUGAACAAAGUAACUGGUUUCACGUACAUCACCGGAGGACGGGACUUUGCCGUCUGAUUAAUCAACAGACAGAGAUGGAGCGUGAAAGACAGAAGGGGGAGCCGCUGCACAAACCAUUUGCCCUACUGCUUGGUUCCAUACUGGUGCUCUUCACAUGCAUACAGCUUACGGCUAGCUGCAACGAGAUGGUCUGUGCCAGCAUCGUAUCCAAAUGCAUGCUGACGCAAAGCUGCAAAUGUGACAUGAAGAGCUGCACCUGUUGUAAGGAGUGUGCCGAGUGUCUUAGCUAUCUGUACACCGAAUGUUGCAGCUGCUUGGAGAUGUGCCCCAAACCGAAUGAAACGUCCAACGAGCUGUCGAAGCAGUCACACAUCGAGGAUCUGGAGGGAUUCCCCAACCUGUACGAUGUGAUCACGUCCGAGCAGGAUGCUCAAGGCCGCUGGAAGGUGAUCUCGUUCCCGAUCGAUAUCGAUGCGGCACUGUACGGGCCGAAGGGAGACGGUGCCACCAAAUAUGUUGUCCACUCUACCGAUAUGGAUUUAAAGCAGAAGUACGAAGACCCGAACAAAAUCACGGUGAACUGUACCGUCGCCUACCAGGCACAGUGUAUGUCGUGGAACAAAUGCAAGGAAAGCUGCCGUACGAUGGGAGCUAGUAGCUAUCGCUGGUUUCAUGAUGGUUGCUGCGAAUGUAUCGGUCAGUUUUGUCUGAACUACGGCAUCAAUGAGUCGCGGUGUCGCGACUGCCCGGAGAACAAGGAGCACGAUCUGGAUGACUUCGCGCCGGAGGACGAACUGGACUACGGUGACGGUAUGGGACCGCUCGAUAAUGCAGCCAUAGAAUCGACCAACAUAUGAAUCGGGCUUGGACUACCGUUGCUCUGCCUCGUCCAUCGCUAUAUUACCGUACUCAUCACAUUCCGCCACUGAGCGGACCAUGCAUUUCAUGUAGAUUAAGUCCAUGCAAGAACUAUUUUUUUUUUUGGUUUUUUUUAUGAUUUUGCUUAACAUACACAAAUAAGAUUUCUAAACACUCUGACUCUGCAGAAGCGGGAAGUCCGAAGAAGCAAAUCGAGAGCUGCUGUACAUGCGUAAAAGUAUAUUUCAUAACGUACUCGGUAAGGCAUCUAACAUACGUCCAAAUUGUUGAGGAGGUAAACGUAACGUGGCAGCUGCGCGUUUUAAUCAUAUGUGUUAAUGUGUACUCGGUUGUAAGCUUAGCUCGGUAGUAAUUAGCAGUAAGCAAACUGGUUGUAUUUACGUGUAAAAAAACAAAAUCAACCUUCAUUAAAAAAAACUUCGACCGAUACGCUUGCUCACUUGCGCAGACAACCAGGUGGUCUUCAUGCGAACUUUGUGGUACAUGUUCGCACUGGGAGCUUUAAGCAAUCAGGCACAUCACAUUGGACAAUACUGCAACCACUCUGUGUGUGCGGGGGACAGAUUUAGUAUCAUAGAUAUUUUUAGUGAUUAAAAGAUGCUAUCAUCAUUAUGGGCAGUCAAUAAGAAUCGAAGUGAUGUGACAUGCAAGUAUUUUUUUUUUGUCGCAGUCAAAAGCUGCUUACUAUUUCUUCCAUUAAAAAAUUUGAUGAUUUAAGAAUUGGUGUACAAAAAAAACAAGUAAAGGAAACAUAUUCCUUUUACCCCCAUUUCAUUUAUUUAUGAAUAUACACUUGUAACUCUAUCGUCCAAAUGUAACGAAGCAAUGUCUAUCUGUUAAUAAAGUCUGCGUAACUCUUUCCUUCCUACUCUA